UUUCCCAGUUCAAGAGUGGUAGCAUACUACAAGCUAUGAAGUGGAGUGAAAGACAAGAUAUUAAUGUGAAAAUCUACUUAGGAAAACAGCUGUUUAUGUUUUUUGAGCAUGAAAGGGAAUACAGCAUUCCAGACAAGAAAAUCCAAAAUGUGCAGAAGUCUCAGCAGGGGAGCAGGGAAAAUCUCAAGCAAGCUACACAAAGAGAAAACAGGGGGCCCCAUUACUCACCAGAACAGAAUUUGAAGGCAUUAACAUUUUCUAAAAAGGGUAAAAUCUUAAUAUGAAUCCGUCAUUGUUGCUGUGUGGCAUGGUGCUCUGUUUAGCCUGCUGUGUCACGGUACACACACACAUGCUUAUGGAGGAACAACACAACUCCAACCAAACAUCCAUCAGCUUCCAUGUGUUAGACCAAACAGAUGCACCUCCUGUCCUCAUAGUCGGCUUGUCAAAAACACCCAAGAAGAACAAGAAAUCGGAAAAGAAACCAAAAAAGAACAAAUUCAGCGCCCGCGUUAAGAAACCUCUGCCGCCGCCGCCGAACUGUGUGCCGCUGUGGGGCAGCUGCAAGACGCCGAGCACGGUGUGCUGUGAGCCGUGCGCCUUUUGCCACUGUCGCCUGUUCAAGACCGUCUGUUACUGCCGCAUGGGUUACCCGAGAUGCUGAACACCCUCUGUCUCAUGGAGGAUCAUUUGGAGUUCCCAAUCUUAAAGGCUUGCUUUUAAACCCCUGUGGGAUUAUCAUGCAUCAUAUAAACGCCAGGGUCCGAUUAUUCGGAUAUUUCCUGGCCAGACAUUCUGACAGCUCGUCAGAAGCGACUGGAGAUACUGAGGAGCGACUUUGGUGCACAAAAUCACAUUUGAACUGCUUAUAAAUGUAUUUAAAACAUUUCAGACUUUUUAUAACAGUUUUAUAAAUCAUUGUCUAAUGACAUGAAAGCGUAUAACCUAUAAGGGCAUCAGAUCGUAAACAAAACCGUUCCGAGAGUUUAAGUUUUGCAAUCAGACGUUAACACUGUCGACGGUCUUGUUGUGGGACAAAAGUAGUCUAAAUUAUGUCAGUGGGAAUAUUAAUGUUUGUUCGAACACUUUUCUGUUUUAUAAGCACUUUGCUUAUACACAGUGACAACCUGUCCCAGUCUAACAUUUACACCCUUAAGAUUUUCAGUUAAAAUCUGCCUUUAUAAUAUGGUUGACCCAGGGUUAAAAUGUAUGCCUAAAUGUGUGUUCAUUGUCUAUACUUGUUUAUUAAGAGCUAUUAAAAAUGUUAAUACUGUCAUUUAAGUUUGGAGAAUAAAAUAUGAAAUACAAAAUUAUUCUAAUACAGUUUUGAAUUAAGGGUUUCAAACUAACAUACAAAAGCACUUAUAGAGAAAACAAACAUUUAUUGAACUUUGACUAAAAAAUCUGUAGUUACUAAGAUAUAGCUCUUGUGACAACUUCUUCAAGUGACAGCCCUGGUCUCCCUAUAAAUAUACAGUGUGUGUGUGUGUGUGUGUGUGUAUAUAUAUAUACACAUAUAUAUAUAUAUAUAUAUAUAUA